AUGUCCGCCCCGCGCCCGGGCCACCCGGGCCGUGACAGGGGACUACAACUCCCGGCGUGCUCCUCGGCAGCAGGACUACAGUUCCCGGCGUGCCCCGCGGCGCCACCCGCGCCCGUGGGCGGGAGGCGCGAACCCGGAGCCCUCAGCGCGGAGCCCUCAGCGCUGGCCGAGCGGGUCCCGCCGAGCACCGGCCGCAGCCCGCCUCGCCACCCGCCGGCCCUGCCCAGGAGGGCCUCGGGCGGCGGCCGGCGGAGCGGCACGGCCGGGUUCAGGGCGCCGGUCCCAUCUUCAAGCUCCUUCCAACCUAAUGGAGCCAGCGAAGCAGCCCUGAGGUGUGAAAUUGAAGAGCUGAAAAGGAAAGACCUUGCUCUAGACCAGGAAAUUGCACAAUUAUUGUCCGAAGGCUACAGCCUGGAGGAACUGGAGAAGCACAUCUCUCUGCUCCAUGAGUACAAUGAAAUCAAAGAUGCUGGGCAGAUGCUGCUGGGCAAGCUGGCUGUUAUCCGAGGGGUCACUACAAAACAGCUGUACCCUGAAUAUGACCUGGAGCUCAGUGACUAGACCCUGGUGGCUGCCAUGUCCUGCUCAAGUGACUGUCACUGGGCACACGUGUUGGUGUCAUCCUGGUUUGGAACUGGCAGAAGGUGCCCUCUGAAGGAUUUUUAAUUUAAAUGUAGCAUUGCCACAGGUGUGGUUUAACAGGCUUGUUCCUAAGUAAGAAUCUUUGGAACAUGAAAGUUGUUGAAUCUAUCAACUGUUUUCUGCUGUUGGGAAAGGGAUGUAGGACUUGGGUAAUUUCAUCUACUACCUGAUCAACGAGAUUUUUGGUUUUUUAAUUGGUAAGGUUGUAACUCAGGUUGAUGUUGAGACCCUUCCUAUGAAGCUUUUGUUUCCCUGCAACAUCCUGGGGCUGUUGGGUUACUGAGUGGAUAGAGGAAGUGAGGACAUACAAAUGUCCAAUGUAAUAGCUGCUUUGAAAGGAAAACCCUCAGAAGCACGGAGGGAGGGCUGAAGUUGUGGUGGUUUGGGGGUUUUGUUGUAUGGUCAAAUCUGGAGAACUCUGGGUGUUCUGCAUUUUUGUACUUACCUGCUCUGGUAUCUGGAGGUUUCGUAUCAUUUCUGUAGUAAAAUGGCAAAAUGUGAAGUUGUGUUAAUUGUCCAACCUGAAUAAAGCAGCCUUCACAUUUCUCAGUAA